CAACAGCCCCGUUGUUUCCUGCAGAACACGCCAACGGGAUGUUUGUCAUGACCGAUUAACGACUCUGUAGUACAUCUAACAUUUAUGUAUUAUUUAUUAUAUUACUUAUAAAUAAUAAUUAUAUCAUGUGAAACACAUCGCCGUUUGUUUUGGUUCAAAUCGCGAGAUUUCGCAGCUGUUAUCGCGAGAGCUGUUAGGGGGCGUGUGUCAGGCGUGUGGAGUCCGAGGGUGACGUCUGGUGUUGUUUUAUUUUUAUUUUCUUUUUAAACCUCAUUUCGGAAUUCAAAAUCUCAUGAAAAUCUCUUUGUAGUGCGUUAGAUAUGUCUGAUGAAGAGCUACCGUCCACUUCCGGGGAGCGCGAGGGCGAAAAGGAGCAGGAUCGUCCGUUCGAGUUGGCUCCGCCUCCAAAAGCUAAAAUGAAAGAAACAACAGAGGAUCCUGAAUAUGAAGAAAAGAGAAAAGCAGAUCGGGCAAACAGGUUUGAGUUUUUAUUAAAACAGACUGAACUCUUCGCUCACUUCAUUCAGCCGGCGAGUGCAAAAUCUCCCACGUCUCCUCUGAAAGUGCGCCUCGGACGGCCUCGAGUUAAACCGGAUGAAAAACAGAGCCUGCUGUCAGUGGGAGAUAAUCGUCAUCGACGUACAGAGCAGGAGGAAGAUGAGGAGCUGCUGUCAGAGAGCAGAAAGGCCACCAACAUCCUCGUCCGCUUCGAGGAGUCACCAUCAUAUGUGAAGAACGGAGCACUGAGAGAUUACCAGAUCAGAGGGCUGAACUGGAUGAUUUCUCUCUAUGAGAACGGCAUCAACGGCAUCCUGGCUGACGAAAUGGGUUUGGGGAAGACCCUGCAGACGAUAGCAUUACUCGGGUAUCUGAAGCACUACAGGAACAUUCCUGGCCCACACAUGGUCCUAGUGCCCAAGUCCACGCUGCACAACUGGAUGAGCGAGUUUAAACGCUGGGUUCCGUCACUGAGAGCUGUCUGUCUGAUUGGGGACAAAGACGUUCGAGCAGCAUUUAUCCGUGACGUGAUGAUGCCAGGUGAGUGGGACGUGUGUGUCACGUCGUAUGAGAUGGUGAUCAGAGAGAAAUCAGUCUUUAAGAAGUUUAACUGGAGAUACCUGGUGAUCGACGAGGCUCAUCGCAUCAAAAACGAAAAGUCUAAGUUAUCUGAAAUCGUCCGUGAGUUUAAGACGACAAAUCGUCUUUUACUGACUGGAACUCCGUUACAGAACAACCUGCAUGAGCUCUGGUCUCUACUUAACUUCCUGCUUCCAGAUGUGUUUAACUCUGCCUCUGACUUUGAUUCGUGGUUUGACACUAACAACUGUCUGGGAGAUCAGAAGCUGGUUGAGAGACUGCAUGCAGUGCUCCGUCCCUUCCUGCUUCGUCGGAUCAAACGGGAAGUGGAGAAGAGUCUUCCUCCCAAGAAGGAAGUGAAGAUCUACCUGGGUCUGAGUAAAAUGCAGAGAGAAUGGUACACACGCAUCCUGAUGAAGGACAUUGACAUCCUGAACUCGGCGGGUAAAAUGGAUAAAAUGCGUCUGUUGAACAUCCUGAUGCAGCUGCGGAAGUGCUGUAAUCACCCGUAUCUGUUCGACGGAGCUGAGCCCGGACCACCGUAUACCACCGACACACACCUCGUCACCAACAGCGGCAAGAUGCUCAUGCUCGAUAAACUGCUACCCAAACUCAACGAGCAAGGUGUGUGUCUGUGUGUUUGUGUCUCUGCGUCUGUCUGUGUGUCUGUGUGUUUCUGUGUCUCUGUGUGUGUUUAUGUCUCUGAAUCUAUCUGUGUGUCUCUGUGUGUGUGUCUGUGUGUAUGCCUCUAUGUCUGA